AAAACGCCCACCCCGACUACCUCGCCACGGCCAUUCGCUUUCUCGUCGUCGCGGAAAUGCUCGUCGUCCCCCUUUCUCCGAGCUCACCCCUCUCCUUCCUCCCUGUCCCGAACCCCCGCCCUUUUGUCGUCUCCCCUCUUCGCCGCUACUGCCUCCACAAACACCACAAGCGCCGGCAAUGCCGCGGUGGCAGUGGCCUACCACUCCACCUCCUCCACGCCGUCGCCAGGAGGCGAACGGGCAUCGUGAUCGACGUCGACGAGGUGAAUGAUAUCGGCGACCGUGACCUCCCCGUGGACGUGUCAUUCACUCGGAGGCUCCCGCCGGCGCUCACCCUCGUUGACGGCAUUGCCGCACUGCGGCGGGCCGCCGAGGAGGUGAAGGCCAGCCCGCCUGCCGCCGGGAGCGGCGUGAUCCGGUUCGAGGUACUUGUUCCACCCAGUACGAAGGCACUCAAAUGGUUAUGCUCUCAGUUUAGGAGAUCAUCAUUGUUCCCUCAGUUCUAUCUAUCAAGGAAGCUAAGCUCCAAUCCGUCAGUUCAACUUGAAAUAUCUGGUGUUGGUUCUGCACUUUACUUGCAUGGUUCCUCUUCUCAAGUAAAAGAUGGAUAUGAUAUGAUAUCAAGAUAUAUUUCAUUUGAUUCAGAUUUGAUGGGAGCUUAUGGAGCAGUUGGCAUGAAGUAUAACGAGGAAUUAUUGUCAAUAGAGGAGAAAGCUGGUUCAUUUUACUUCUUUAUUCCUCAGGUUGAGUUGACCGAAUUUGUUGGCUAUUCUGUGCUAUCAUCAACUAUGGUUUGGGAUCAUUUUGUAUCUCAUACAUUUGAGGAUUCGGUUUGUUUGUUUGAAUCUUGUUUCAAUCAGGUAUGUGGUAGCUAUGAUUCUGCAGCUAGCAGCUGUUAUGAAGGCAUGAUGACGAAUUACAUUGGAGAAUCACAUUUGUUAGAGACUGUGAAUGCUCAGUUGGUAUACUUGGAUGGCGAAGUUCUUGUCAAAGUAGAUGCUGAAAUCAGCAUGCAAAAGGAGAAAUUUCUGAUGUCCGAGCAGUCAUUUAUUCGCUUUUCACCACACUUCUUAUUUUCUGCAAACAUGGACCUACGCUCAGAAAGCAACAAAACCGAAUCUUCUAUUAAGAGCUGCUCUAACAUUAAUUCGGCAUGGGCAUCCCUUAUAGUUGAAGAGUGUGUCAGGCUUGGUUUCACGUACUUUUGUAUAGCUCCAGGGUCAAGGUCAUCCCCACUUGCACUUUCUGCCACAGGCCACCCUUUGACAACUUGCAUAUCAUGUUAUGAUGAACGUUCACUUGGAUUUCAUGCUCUUGGCUAUGGGAGAGGUUCUAGAAAGCCUGCAAUAGUAAUUACAUCAUCAGGAACUGCUGUAUCAAAUCUUCUCCCUUCGGUGGUGGAGGCGAGUCAAGAUUUCGUACCAGUUAUCUUGCUCACAGCUGAUCGUCCUCCCGAGCUGCAUGAUACUGGAGCCAACCAAGCGAUUAAUCAGGUCAAUCAUUUCAGUAACUUUGUAAGAUAUUUUUUUAAUCUCCCUCCACCUGGUGAUAAGAUUUAUGCAAGAAUGGUUCUUACAACAAUUGAUUCAGCAGCCUACAAUGCAAUGCAAGCACCACAAGGUCCGGUGCAUAUAAACUGUGCUUUUAGGGAACCACUAGAUCACAGCAAUCAAAAUUGGAGUUUUGAUUGUUUGAGAGGAUUGGACAGGUGGUUUAGAAAUGAUGAACCAUAUACUAGAUACCUAGAAAUGAAAAUGGUCUCUGCAUUUUGUAAUUAUUCUUGUUCAGUAAUAGAGGUUCAAGAUAUCAUAAAGAAGGCAAAGCAAGGGCUUCUAUUAGUUGGAGCUAUUCAUAAAGAAGAUGACAUGUGGGCUGUGGCUUUACUAGCUAGACAACUUUCCUGGCCAGUUGCCGCUGACAUUCUGUCUGGACUGCGAAUGAGGAAAGUUCUAAAUUCAUUUCCAGGAUUUGAUAAGAGUAUUUUGUUUAUAGACCAAAUAGAUCAAAUUCUACUGUCGGACUCUGUCAAAAGCUGGAUAAAUCCAGAUGUUAUUGUGCAGAUUGGAAGCCGGAUUACUAGCAAACGCAUGGAAAUGUUUCUCGAGUCCUGCUUCCCAUCUUCAUACAUCUUGAUUGAUACACAUCCGUGCCGCCAUGAUCCUUCACAUGUUGUCACUCACAGAAUCCAGACUAGUGUAGCUGACUUUGCUGCUAGUUUAUGCCAAUGUAAUUUAGAAAGGAAGACAAGCAGAUGGAAGGAUAUUUUGAUGGUUCUAAAUUCAGCGGUUUCACAGGAAAUAAUGUUUCAUGUACAUGCGGAAUUCUCGCUUACAGAACCAUAUGUUGCACAUGUAAUUGGAGAGGCACUUUAUGGUGAUGCUGCCAUGUUUGUUGGGAAUAGCAUGGUCAUUCGAGACUUGAACAUGUUUGGGAAGGGCUGGCUUGACCAUACCACCAACGGAGAUAACAUGAUGAUGCAUAAUAUUCCAGAUUUUAUUGGUGCAACAGUGUCUGGGAACCGAGGAGCAAGUGGUAUUGAUGGUUUGCUUAGCACAGCGAUCGGAUUCGCUGUUGGGUCAAACAAGCAUGUAUGCUGUGUGGUUGGUGAUGUAUCUUUUCUUCAUGAUACGAACGGAUUGUCACUUCUCAACCAAAGGGCCCAGAGGAAACCCAUGACAGUGAUUGUAAUCAACAACCAUGGUGGUGCAAUCUUCAGCCUUCUACCAGUUGCAAAAACAGCUUCGCCCCAAAUUUUGCAGAAAUACUUCUACACCUCACAUGACAUAUCGAUUUCUAAACUCUGUGAUGCACACAGAGUGAAGCAUUUUUUGGUUCAAACAAAAGCAGAACUUCAUGAUACAUUGGUGAAGACCCAUGCAGAACACCUUGAUUGUGUGGUGGAAGUAGAGAACCAGAUUGAUGAGAAUGCCAACUUUCAUAGAACUAUAAGUAUGUUCGUUGAUAAUACUGCAACCCACUAUCUGGAUUAUCUUCUCGGGGAUCCGUAUUCUAGCACUACGAGUGAUUUAGAUCGCAUGUACAAAACGAAAAUUCAUGCAAUAGAGUACAUGUUGUACAGAAUCCAGCUUUCUGCGCCUCGUACUUCAGGAAUUUCAGAUAGCAGUUGUUUCCAUGAAGGCUUCAUUCUGAAGCUACGUAUGGAUGACAACAUUGUAGGAUUUGGUGAGGUUGCACCAAUCGAAAUUCACCAGGAGGAUAUAAUAGAUGUUGAAGAGCAACUUAGGUUUCUGUUUCACAGAGUGAAAGAUUGUGAGCUAGAUGUUGUUCCUUUGUUGAGAGGGUCUUUCUCCAAUUGGAUAUGGACAAACAUUGGGAUUCCUCCUUCUUCUGUAUUUCCAAGUGUCAAGUGUGGCCUGGAGAUGGCCAUUCUUAAUUUGCUGGCGUCACAGCGGAAAUGUAGAUUAUCUGAAAUUCUCACUGGUUCCAACCCCUUACUAAGAGAUCAGAGUCUGGUGGAAUAUAAUCAGAACAGUUCUGCAGGCAUACAUAUCUGUGCACUCUUAGACUCCGACGGUACUCCGAUGGAGGUAGCACUUGCUGUGACUAAACUUGUUGAUGAAGGCUUUACCACAGUGAAACUGAAGGUUGGACGUCGUGCAAGUCCCGUUGAAGAUGCAGCUGUUAUUCAAAAAAUAAGAGAGGUUGUAGGAUAUAAGAUCAAUAUCCGUGCCGAUGCAAAUCGAAAAUGGACAUACAAGCAAGCAAUUGAAUUUGGAUCCAGAGUAAAAAGCCUUUGUUUGCAAUACAUUGAGGAACCAGUGAGCUCUGUACAUGAUCUCAUCAAGUUCUGUGAAAACAGUGGUUUGCCUGUUGCUUUGGACGAGAGUAUCGACAACCUUAAGGGGGAUCCAAUCCAAAAGCUUCAUCAAUUUGUACAUCCAGGGAUAGUUGCUGUUGUUAUAAAACCCAGUGUUGUUGGCGGCUUUGAGAAUGCAGCUCAUAUAGCAAAGUGGGCUCACAUGCAUGAUAAGAUGGCUAUCAUCAGUAGUGCGUACGAGAGUUCUGUAGGUUUGGCGACCUACAUACAGUUUGCAUAUUAUGUUGACAGGCAACAUGACCUAAUCUCCAGACUAAAGAGAUAUGAUUCAUGUGGAACUGUGGCUCAUGGGUUUGGAACAUAUCAAUGGUUAACAGAAGAUGUAUCAGAACAAAAGUUAAAAAUUCUUGUUCCCCCGCUUGGUGAUGGAAUGGGAGCUUCAGUGGAAAAUGCCCAUGGCUAUCUCCACCACUUAAAUAUAAAUGAUGAGAAGAUUGAAAAAACAUAUAGUGAAGAAAAACUAAACUCAUAUUCUAUCCAAGUCGAUGGGGAUCAUUUUUCUUAUGUAGUUAAGGUUCAAGAGGCUGGUGAUUGUACAAAUGAUAAGGUUAUUCUUUUUCUUCAUGGAUUUCUUGGCACAAGUGAGGACUGGACUCCCAUGAUGAAAGCUCUCUCUCCCAGUGCACGGGUCAUCGCCGUUGAUCUUCCUGGCCAUGGAGAGUCCCAAAUUCUGCAGCAUGAUGAUGAAAAUUUCAAUCAAAUCUCUCUUACAAUUCAAUCAGUUGCAGACUUGUUGCUGAAGUUGAUAUGCAAUAUAACUGAUGGAGAGGUGGUUGUUGUUGGCUACUCAAUGGGUGCAAGGAUUGCACUCCAGAUGAUACUAAAUGAAAAUCUAAAGAUUAGUGGAGCUGUUUUGAUAUCGGGGAGUCCUGGAUUGAGACAUGAAGCAAGUAGAAGACGACGUACUGCUAUUGAUAAAUCACGAGCUCAAUUCCUGUUGACUUAUGGACUGGAAUGUUUUAUCAAGACAUGGUACUCUGGAAAAAUGUGGACCAGUCUAAGAGAACACCCACAGUUUGAUUCCCUAGUGAGGACACGCAGAAAACACAGUAACAUCACGGAUCUAUCGAAGGUUCUGGCUGACUCGAGCAUAGGGAGACAAAAGUCCCUGUGGGAAGACCUGAAACACUUGGAGAAGCCUGUCCUCAUCAUUGCAGGUGAGAAGGACGUAAAAUUUAAAGAGAUAGCAGAGCGAAUGUGCAGCGAGACAAGAGAGUACGGCGAACGUGAAGCUGAUUGUCGUAGCAAUCAGGAGCUAUGUGAAAUGAUCGUUGUCCCGGAAAGUGGCCAUGCUGUGCAUGUUGAGAAUCCUCUCCCCUUAGUUAGAGCCCUGAGGAAGUUCUUGGUAAGGCUACACCAGCCUUAACGCUUUAGUAUCCGGGAUUACAAAGCAAUAGAGUCUGAGAAAUUUUUGAACUACCAGCUUGGCAGGCUGAGUGGUCGGAUUAUAUUUGUGGGCUAUAAAUGUUGCCGGGAGUAAGGGGUUUUCUUUGUGUCUCA